AUGGCGUACAACCAGAAUUCGGGGGGCCAAUAUUAUCCUCCACAACAAUAUGGCUCUAAUGUUCCAUACCAAGACCAGGGUCAAUACCAGAAUCAAUAUCAGAAUCAAUAUCACCAACAGCAACAGCAGUACCCACCGCAACAGCCACAGCAACAACCACCACAGCAUCAUGCUCCGCAGGGGGUACCAUCGGCAUCGACAUCGUUUGAUCAAAGCUGGCAUUCGGCGGUGGAUGGUAUCUCAUACUCCAUCACUAACCGUGACACAAACGCCAUGUUGAAUGUGCGGCUUCCUCAAGGUGUCGUGAUCAAGUCCAAACCUGGGGCCAUGAUCCAAAUGUCUCCAACCAUCACCCUCCAGGGGAAGGUAAAGUUCAGCAUGAAGAAAAUGUUCACCGGAGGAGAGAUGGCUGAAUCCAUGUACACUGGGCCUGGAGAGGUGUCGCUGGCACCUACGUUGUUUGGUGACAUAUCCGCCAUUCCCAUUCGCGGUGAUGAGGGCUGGAACCUCGGAAAGGAUGCCUUUUUGGCUUGUACGGGCGGAGUUGUCAAGGAGACAAAGACUCAGGGGCUUGGGAAGGCUUUCUUCAGCGGCGAAGACUUGUUCAUCUACCGCAUCUCUGGCCAGGGGACACUCUGGGUCACGUCAUUCGGUGCCAUAGUCACCCGAGAUCUCCAAGCCAACGAACAGCACAUCGUUGAUAACGGCCACCUUGUCGCGUGGAAUUGUCGAUAUGCGAUUGAGAAGGCAGGGAAAGGCGGUGUCCACAGCAUGACGACCGGGGAAGGUCUUGUGUGCAGAUUUACGGGACCUGGCAGGAUCUACAUCCAGACCAGAAACCAGGAUGAGUUCGGUGACUGGGUAGCUGCGCGGAGCACAAGCGCUUGA